GCGCAGGCGCAGUGGGCGGCCGGCGGGGAUGUCCCGCAAGCAGGCGGGCAAGGCCCGGCCCGCCGCCGGAGCCAGGAAGGCACGGCGACCCCGGCAGCCCCCCGCCGGACCGGCUCCGAGCCGCGGCUCGGACGGCGGGGGUCUCGCCAGGCAGCUCCGGGCCCUCGGCCUCAAACUGCGGGAGGUGCCGGGCGAUGGCAAUUGUUUGUUUCGGGCCCUUGGUGACCAGCUUGAGGGGCACUCGCGGAACCACCUCAGACAUCGCCAGGAAACGGUGGAUUACAUGAUAAAGCAGCGGGAGGAUUUUGAGCCUUUUGUGGAGGAUGAUGUGCCCUUUGAGAAACACGUUACCAAUUUGGCAAAGCCUGGUACCUUUGCUGGCAACGAUGCUAUUGUGGCCUUUGCAAGGAACAAUCAAAUGAAUGUGGUUAUUCAUCAGCUUAAUGCUCCACUGUGGCAGAUUCAGGGCACAGACAAAAACAAUGUGAGAGAACUUCAUAUUGCAUAUCGUUAUGGAGAGCACUACGACAGCGUGAGGAGAAUCAAUGACGAUUCCGAAGCUCCAGCGUAUCUUCAGAUGGAGAUGCUUUGCAAAAAUGAUUCAAACAAGGAGGAGGAAGUGAAGCCACAGAAGGGUGACUCUGAAGAUGAGAUUGAAGUUGAAAUGGAAGAUGCUAUACAAAAAGUGUGUAAUGCAACUGGAUGUUCAGACAUUGACUUAGUAAGCCAGAUUCUCGAAGUGGAAGACUACAAUAUAGAAUCUGCAAUAUUUGCCAUCUUUCAAGUGAACGAAGUGGAAAGAAUCAGUGCUGAGGAGCAGUGUGAUCCCCAGAGCAAAGAUCAGAAAUCGUGUAGCAGAACUCUGCAGGAAGAAAAUGGAAGUGGUUCAAGAAUCUUUGGAAAUCGGAGCUUGCAUCAAGGUGAAAUAGAAAACAACAAAGGACAGGCUAGAUCCGAUGAAGAGAAUCGAGCUAGCAGAAACUCCAAGGUAUCUAAAAAACAAAAGAAGGAACAGCAGCGGCUAGAGAAGAAGAAGCGGCAGGAAGAAAGGCACCGACAAAAGCUCUUGGCCAACAAGAGUAACUGUGGAGAUAGCAGCAGGAGAGAGACGGACUCAAACAACCAGGUCACCUUGGUGAAGGCCAUGGCAGCUCUAAACAUAUGACUGAAUGUGUUCUGAGUGCUCUGGUGAGAAAAGCAAAUAAAACUGAUGAAGACAAAACUUCCUUUAAGCAAA